AUGUCUGUUCGAUACAGCUCAAGCAAGCAAUACUCUUCCUCCCGCAGUGGAGGAGGAGGUGGGGGAGGAUCCGUCAAAAUUUCGAGCAGCAAAGGCUCCCUUGGUGGAGGAUAUAGCUCAGGGGGGGGUUUCAGUGGUGGCUCUUUUAGUCGUGGGAGCUCUGGUGGAGGCUGCUUAGGAGGCUCAUCAGGUGGCUAUGGAGGAGGACUAGGAGGUGGGUAUGGUGGAGGUAGCUUUGGUGGAAGUUAUGGAGUUAGCAGCUGUGGGGGCUUUGGAGGAGGCAGUUUCGGAGGAGGCAGUUUCGGAGGAGGCAGUUUCGGAGGAGGCGGCUUUGGUGGGGGCUUCGGUGGAGGAAGCUUUGGAGGAGGCUUUGGUGGUGGAUUUGGAGAUGGUGGCCUUCUCUCUGGAAAUGAAAAAGUAACCAUGCAAAAUCUGAAUGACCGCCUGGCUUCCUACUUGGACAAAGUUCGGGCUCUUGAAGAAUCAAACUAUGAGCUAGAAGGCAAAAUCAAGGAAUGGUAUGAAAAGUAUGGCAACUCAAGCCAGCGAGAGCCUCGUGACUACAGCAAAUACUACCAAACCAUCGAAGAUUUUAAACAACAGAUCCUUAAUCUAACAACUGAUAAUGCCAAUGUCCUGCUUCAGAUCGACAAUGCCAGGCUGGCAGCUGAUGACUUCAGGCUGAAGUAUGAGAAUGAAGUAGCCCUGCGCCAGAGCGUGGAUGCUGACAUCAACGGCCUGCGCCGGGUGCUGGAUGAGCUGACCCUGACCAAGGCCGACCUGGAGAUGCAGAUCGAGAGCCUGACUGAAGAGCUGGCCUACCUAAGGAAGAACCAUGAAGAGGAAAUGAAAGAUCUUCAAAAUGUGUCCACUGGUGAUGUGAACGUGGAAAUGAAUGCUGCCCCAGGUGUUGAUCUGACUCAACUUCUGAAUAACAUGAGAAGCCAGUAUGAACAACUUGCUGAGCAGAACCGCAAAGAUGCGGAAGCCUGGUUCAAUGAAAAGAGCAAGGAACUGACUACAGAAAUCGAUAAUAACAUUGAACAAAUGUCCAGCCAAAAAACCGAGAUUACUGAAUUGAGACGCACUGUUCAAGGUCUGGAGAUCGAACUACAGUCCCAACUAGCCCUGAAACAAUCCCUGGAAGCCUCCCUGGCCGAAACAGAAGGUCGCUACUGCGUGCAGCUCUCCCAGAUCCAGGCCCAGAUCUCCUCUCUGGAGGAACAACUACAGCAGAUCCGCGCUGAAACCGAGUGCCAGAAUGCCGAGUACCAACAACUCCUGGACAUUAAGAUUCGGCUGGAGAAUGAAAUCCAAACCUACCGCAGCCUGCUAGAAGGAGAGGGAGGUUCUGGCGGUGGCGGCUACAAAGGAGGGCGAGGCGGCGGCGGCGGUGGCUUCGGCGGAAGUUCUGGCGGCGGCUACGGAGGCAGUUCCGGCGGCGGCGGCGGCAGCUACGGCGGCAGUUCCGGCGGCGGCGGCGGCGGCAGCUACGGCGGCAGUUCCGGCGGCGGCGGCGGCAGCUACGGCGGCAGUUCCGGCGGCGGCGGCGGCGGCAGCUACGGCGGCAGUUCCGGCGGCGGCGGCGGCGGCAGCUACGGCGGCAGUUCCGGCGGCGGCGGCGGCGGCUACGGCGGCAGCUCCGGCGGCGGCAUCAAGUCCUCCGGGUCCACUGGCGAGUCCUCAUCUAAGGGAUCAAGGUCAGCAGAAACUAGCUGGGACACUAAUAAAACCAGAGUGAUCAAGACGAUUAUUGAAGAAGUGGCACCUGAUGGUAGAGUCCUUUCUUCUAAGGUUGAAUCAGAAACCAAGAAACACUACUACUAAGCCACACAAGAGGAAGGAGUCUCCCUUCACACAGACCAUUUUGUACGGAGCCUUGGAAAACGGAAUCUCCAAGAAAACAACACUUCAGUCUUAGUGGUCUAUGAAAAUGGGUUCCCUCUUUGAAAAUACGGUGUCUAAACGGUGUUCUGUGGUUUCUGUAUUUCUUCUUCUCACUUUACCAGAAAGUGUUCUUUAAAGGGAAAAAAAAAAAGUUCUAUCCUCAUUUACUAAUGAAUUCAAUAAACUUUCUUACUGAUGCAAACUA